CUCCACUCCAGCACUGAACACUUGAUUGAUUCAGUGGGUAGCUAGCUAGCUGAAUCACAAUGGAUCCUACCAAGUUCCGUCCGUCCAGCAGCCACGACACGACGGUGACGACGACGAACGCGGGCGCUCCUGUGUGGAACGACAACGAGGCGCUGACUGUGGGGCCUCGCGGUCCCAUCCUGCUGGAGGACUACCACCUGAUCGAGAAGGUGGCGCACUUCGCGCGCGAGCGCAUCCCGGAGCGCGUGGUGCACGCGCGCGGGGCCUCCGCCAAGGGCUUCUUCGAGUGCACCCACGACGUGACGUCGCUGACGUGCGCCGACUUCCUGCGCGCGCCCGGCGUGCGGACGCCCGUGAUCGUGCGCUUCUCGACGGUGAUCCACGAGCGGGGGUCCCCGGAGACGAUCCGCGACCCGCGCGGGUUCGCCGUGAAGUUCUACACCCGCGAGGGCAACUGGGACCUGCUGGGCAACAACUUCCCCGUCUUCUUCAUCCGCGACGGCAUCAAGUUCCCCGACGUGAUCCACGCGUUCAAGCCCAACCCGCGGUCGCACGUGCAGGAGUACUGGCGGGUGUUCGACUUCCUGUCGCACCUCCCCGAGAGCCUGCACACCUUCUUCUUCCUCUUCGACGACGUGGGCGUGCCGUCCGACUACCGCCACAUGGAAGGGUUCGGCGUGAACACGUACACGUUCGUGAGCGCGGCGGGGAAGGCGCAGUACGUCAAGUUCCACUGGAAGCCGACGUGCGGCGUGCGGUGCAUCCUGACGGACGAGGAGGCGGCGCUGGUCGGGGGACGGAACCACAGCCACGCGACGCAGGACCUGUACGACUCCAUCGCGGCGGGGAGCUUCCCGGAGUGGACGCUGUACGUGCAGGUGAUGGAGCCGGACACGGAGGAGCAGUACGACUUCGACCCGCUGGACGACACCAAGACGUGGCCGGAGGACCUGCUGCCGCUCCGCCCCGUGGGGAGGCUGGUGCUGGACAGGAACGUGGACAACUUCUUCAACGAGAACGAGCAGCUGGCGUUCGGCCCGGGGCUGGUGGUGCCAGGGAUCUACUACUCGGACGACAAGAUGCUGCAGUGCCGGGUGUUCGCCUACGCCGACACGCAGCGCUACAGGCUGGGUCCCAACUACCUGAUGCUGCCCGUCAACGCGCCGCGCUGCGCGCACCACAACAACCACUACGACGGCGCCAUGAACUUCAUGCACCGGGACGAGGAGGUGGACUACUACCCGUCCAGGCACGCGCCGCUGCGGCAGGCGGCGCCGCCCACGCCACUGCCGCCCAGGCCGGUCGCGGGGAGGAGGGAGAAGGCAACCAUACGCAAGCCCAACGACUUCAAGCAGCCAGGGGAGAGGUACCGCUCCUGGGACGCCGACCGACAGGACCGAUUCGUGAGGCGAUUCGCCGACUCGCUCGGACACCCAAAGGUCAGCCAGGAGCUCAGGUCCAUCUGGAUAGACCUCCUCGCCAAGUGCGACGCGUCGCUGGGGAUGAAGAUUGCCACCCGGCUCAACAUGAAGGCAAACAUGUGAUGCUUCUGCUGAAUAGAAUAAUAAUGAAGACGCAUGCAUGUCGUCGCCAGGAACAAGAGAAAUAAUACAAGACCACCACGCAUGGGCAUACUCCAUAUAUAUAUGUAUAGCCCGUGCCCGUGUCCGCCUUUGUACCAAUACAAGCCAAGACUAGUGGAUGUAUUAUUAUUAUUAUUAUUGCGCUAUCACAUACAUGUACCCCUGCUACCUGAAGAUGGAUGUGUAUCGAGUUAUCAAAUUAAGACACCUGCAGCAAAAAACUAUAUAUGUUGCAUAA